CGUCGCCGAGGGUGGAUCGUUUCGAGCUCGGUCUUCUCGUUCGACGUCGUGCACUCGUAUUCGUUAACGUGAUUCAACGUCGUCGCGCAUUCCUAUUCUAUCCGUGAUUAUCGUUUUUCUCCACGGUGUAUAAUUGUGAAACGGAGCAAAAAGUGAGUGGCCAAGGUGGACCGCGAAGAUAGUGACAGUGUGCAAGUGUGCAUACCUUGUGUUCUCACCGUUCUUUUUUCAUCGCUGACCAGUGUGAAUAAUAGUGCAUACAGGCUAUGACCUGGGAUACCGUCGGAUAUACCUGGGGAUAACGGAGACGUAUCCAUUACUCCUGACAGGACUUGGUGGUGAUCGAAGGGUGCUACGUAACCUCUUCGAGGGCCUCCGACGAUAAGAUGUACCCCAAUGCCGGUAUAAACGCGGCGGCAGCUGUGGCUGUGGCAGCUGCGGCACGGCACCCGGGUCCACCACAACCCGGGCAACAAAUUAAAUUCACAGUCGGUGAAUCCUGCGACAGGAUCAAAGAAGAAUUCAAUUUCCUCCAGAAUCAAUGUCACGCCCUGAAGCUCGAGUGCGAGAAACUGGCCACGGAGAAGAUUGAGAUUCAGCGACAUUACGUGAUGUAUUACGAGAUGUCGUACGGGCUGAACGUGGAGAUGCACAAACAAGCUGAAAUAUCGAAGAGACUGAACGCGAUCAUUGGACAGAUCCUGCCCUAUCUAUCUCAGGAACAGCAGCAGCAAGUUGCCACCGCUGUUGACAGGGCGAAGCAGGUCACAAUGACGGAAUUGAAUUCCAUAAUAGGGCAACAAAGACCAGAUAUAUCGAGGCUGUUGCAACAAAUGCAUGCCCAACAACUACCACCGGGAGCAGCGAUAGGCGCCCAUCCUGGGCUACCUGGACUUCCGGGACUAGGGCCAGCUGCUGGACUUCCGGUACCAACUUCCGCCUCGGCCGCUCUUCUUAGUCUUGGCUUAACACCGGGAGCUGCCACAGCACCCGGCACCACAGCGGCUCAUCUGUCGAUGCUCAGUAAACCGGAACUCCAUCGUGGUCAACCCGAUGAUUUAAAAAGUAACGGCGGUCUCAGCUCGACCGAGGAGAGACACAGGAGCUCGAUAUCGCCCGGUGAUAAAUACAGUCGUCCACGAACACCGCAGGACGCGCAUCAUUCCCAUCAUUCUCAAAAUCACCAUGAUCAUCCCAUGCACAUUAAGAAAAUGAAGAAGGAACAGGACAAGGACAUCGGUCACAGCGACGGCGAAAAGAGCGAUCAAGAUUUGGUCGUGGACGACGCGAGCGAAGGACCAACGAGCCCGGUGGUAAAUGGCACCACGUCACCUCGAGAGAACGGUUUGGACAAAGUGGUACCACCCAUGGGCGCUGGGGUGCAGACGAAGAAGGACGUGCCCCCGCAUUCGCCCAGAAGUGGUACGAGCAGCAACGCCAGUACACCAUCGGCGAAAAAGAUGGAGGAACGAGAGAAGCCGACCACACCGAUCUCGAAACCUUUGACGCCAACGUCGGCAUCCGGGAUCGGUGGGGCGGGCAUGAAGAUUUCGGGAUCGGCGAAGCUACUUCAGGGACCGCCGCCUCCCGGUGUACCAAGCGCCUAUCCGCCACAUUACGCUCCUGGCCCACCUCCUCACCAUCUGGCACCAGCUGGCCAACAUCCUCACGUGGACAUGAUGGGUUAUAACGGCUACGUGGCGCCUAGAGCACCCCCUUCGCUUCAGCAACUAUACGAUCCCCACGUGGCUAUGAGAGCUCCCAUGGGAUCGGUCGGAGUACCUGGAGGCAAACCCGCGUACAGCUUCCACGUGUCGAGCGAGGGCCAGAUGCAGCCGGUGCCCUUCCCACCGGAUGCGCUGAUCGGACAAGGGAUACCGCGACAUGCGCGGCAAAUUAAUACCCUUAGCCACGGGGAGGUGGUGUGCGCUGUCACGAUCUCGAAUCCGACCAAGUAUGUGUACACCGGCGGCAAGGGAUGCGUCAAGGUCUGGGACAUAGGACAGGGCGGUACAGGAAGCACCAAGUCGGUAUCGCAGCUCGACUGUUUGCAGCCUGAUAACUACAUCAGGUCGGUGAAACUUCUACCGGACGGCAGAACAUUGAUAGUCGGAGGUGAAGCGAGCCGGUUGAGUAUCUGGGAUCUGGCUAGUCCAACGCCAAGGAUCAAGGCCGAAUUAAUCUCUUCCGCCCCCGCCUGUUACGCUCUUGCCAUCUCGCCGGACUCGAAGGUCUGCUUCAGUUGCUGUAGCGACGGUAACAUCGCUGUCUGGGAUCUACAGAAUCAGACCCUUGUCAGACAAUUCCAAGGGCACACAGACGGUGCAUCGUGCAUCGACAUAUCCGCGGAUGGCUCGAAAUUGUGGACCGGAGGAUUGGACAACACCGUACGAUCGUGGGAUCUUCGGGAGGGCAGGCAGCUUCAGCAACACGAUUUCACAUCGCAAAUAUUCUCGCUCGGCUACUGUCCCACAGGAGAAUGGCUGGCAGUCGGUAUGGAGAACUCGAACGUCGAGGUGUUGCACGCCUCGAAACCGGAUAAAUAUCAGCUUCAUUUGCACGAGUCCUGUGUACUGUCGUUGAGAUUCGCGUCCUGCGGCAAAUGGUUCGUCUCCACCGGCAAAGACAAUCUACUAAACGCGUGGCGCACGCCUUAUGGAGCCUCAAUAUUCCAGUCGAAGGAAUCGUCGUCGGUGCUGAGCUGCGAUAUAUCCGCGGACGACAGGUACAUUGUUACCGGUUCAGGAGACAAGAAGGCAACCGUCUACGAGGUGAUGUACUGAACGACGGGACCGCCGUGGAACAGUGAACUCAUCCGAACGAGGGAACUCUUCUUCAGUGUGGGUGUACAUAGUUUCUUAUACGAUAUUGCGCGAGAGACGUUUGUUGUCGUUGUUCUUGUUGUUGUUGUUAUUGUUACUCUUGACGAAGAAAGGGUCUGUGCAAGAACGGGCGAACCAGUGACGUUCUGUGAGAAAAGUCACGAUUUAAUUAAAUCGCUCGGAAUAAUUUGAAAAAACUCUGGAAUUACCGUGAUUGAAUCAUGGGAAAAAAAAAGAAGAUUCAAUUUUUACGAUAUCGACGUGGAAGGAAAUGAUUGAUAUUUUCCUGUCCGAAUCAACGUGUUUUAUCGUGAUCAUCGAGAUGGACAUUUUGCCGGAAACGACCGAUUUUUAUUCGGAAAAUUCAGUUCGUUUCGCUCGUUGUGUUAAUUAGUAACAAAACGCUGACAUUCGUACCGCGUUCCUUCUGUACAUUUUGUAUAUACCUAUACAUAUUAUAUAUAUAUAUAUAUAUACAUAUUACAUGUGUAUAUACAUACACAUCGAUCUUAAGUAUACCGUAAUAUUUUUCUACGUCCCCUAAAAGCGAGACGGAAAGCGAGUAAUAAAAAUAAAACGUGUAAAUAUUGUCAGGCUUAGAGAAUAUAAACGAAAUCGAGACGAAAGACGAUUAAAUAAAAAGCGAAUACACGAUAACUAA